UCCCUGAUAUUCUUCCUCUGAUUUUUGUGACCGCUAUCCGUUGAUCUUUCUCCGGGCGCGUGGUACUUAUUUCCUGUCGUCGCUAUCUCCUCGUCGCCCAGUCGCUCGAUCUCUCCUCUAGCGCGCAGCCACUCCUUUCUCUCUCUCUGGUCUGCUUCCAGCCGAGCAGUGCCAUGGCGUUCCUCUCUCCCUCUGUGCACGGCGCUCGCUUCUCCCUGGCGCCCGGCCAGAAUUUCUUGCGGCGCGAAGCUUGCUCCCUGCGCCCGUCCCCCAUGGCGCUCGGCCGCCCAGCUGUUUCUUCCUCCUUGCGCUCGGAUUUCCUCUGCUCCAUGGCGAACUCGCCCCAGCCCCCAGCUCGGAUCCCUGCCUCUGCUCGCGCCGGUGCUCGCCCCUCUGCUAUCUCCAUGCCCGAGCUCGUCCUCCAGGUUGCCCCAUGGCGCUCGGCCUCACCCCCUUGCCCCAGCGCCAUCGGCUCCCCGUCCAGCUUCAACCUCGCCGUCGGUCUCGUCUCUGUUCAAGCCGCCAUCGCGCCGUGCCAGUUGUUCAUCUUUGAUCCUCGCCUCGACGUCAUCUUGCCGUGCAACGCUUGCUUGGUGCUCGACAAAACGCCUAAAUCAGGACCAUCGUCGUUCUCGCGAUCAUCGAGUUGGUUUAGGUACGCUAGUUGGUCACGUGAUGCAAAGGUCAAGAGCCAAGUAUUCCCCAAGAGGAUGCAAAGAGUGGACAUCUCCGCAAGACGAUGUCAUCAGUCGGGCCAACCUGAAGAUGGAUAGACUGAGCGAGUGGCAGAACAAAAGCUCCUCGCCAAAGGGUCAUCGUCUAACAACACUAACCUAGUGUUUAUUCCAGGCAAGCCCCGGUGCAUGCAACCCCUUCCUUGUGUUUUUAAAUAAUUUUUGCACACUUUAAGUCUAGUGAAAUGUGCAUUAGGUUUAUAGGAGUUGCUUGAAACCCUUUGAUGCAUUGCCUUCCUUGAUAUCCAUACCUUUAUAGAUACUUCUGGUGAAGUAUCAAAAAUAUGAUUUACAAAAAUGCUUAGCCCUGCUUAGAUCUUGUGGAUAGAGGUUGUCUUUUGCAAUACUGCCUAGCUCAGGGGUUAUCCUGAGGAAGGAUGGCUUCUACCUGCAAGAAUAUAUAUUUUCAUUGGGAGCAUGGUGGGAUCUUACUGCAAAGUUCCCUGUGAUGCUCUUUUCAUCCUAAGGAACACAAACAAUCCUAAGGGUGGAAAUACGUAAAUCGGGACUUGGGCUAGGAACAGGUGAUGUUCUACCCAGGUUGAUUAAGGAUUGAUGCGUGUGUAGGCUUGAUGAUCGAGGACCCUUUAACUGGUCACAUGCCUCGUCAUGGGUAAGCCUUGCCUCGGGCAGACUAAGGCCAGAAUAAGAUAACACGGAAUGGGCGUGGAGCGGUGGCGAGAGUAGCGUGUACCCUCCGUGGCAAGAGGCUGGACGGUGGUGUAUCUGUGCUCUCGGUUCGCGUGAACCUGAUCUGGUCUUAAGAACCCCGGUGGCGGGUUGACAUAUGCAAGGGUUAAGUGCUACAUAUGUCGUGUGAUUGGAGAUCCUCAGCUGAGUAUAAUCGAUUCGGAUCGCCGUACCUUCGCGGUUAUGAAGACUUGGUCACUGCCCUACAACCUAAGUCAGGAUGUGAACCUCAUGCAUAAAAAUGAUGUUGUAUUGAUGAGAUGGUGAAAUUAGACCAGAUGCAAACAGAGUCUAUUAAU